AUGUCACCUACCUAUCCUCAACGACCUACUACAUAUUACCGCCGGAUCGUGUCUGGUGAUGGGAAAUCGUCUACUCGAAAUCCUCGAACACCCGAUCUCCUUGGUUAUUCGCCACUUCAUGGUGCUCAUUCACCACCACCUCUCCGACCCUCAACGACGCCUUUACCCCCUUCACCUCUGACUCGACCUCCCAUCAUUUCCAGGGCAAACUCCAUGAUGUAUGAUCCCUACCAAUGGGGCAAUGCGGGUGUAGGUUCUGGAAAUAUGAUGCAAGGUGGCUAUAAUCCAUAUAUGGUGGUGAGUGGCAAUCAAGCCGGUUCAACGAUGGAUCACACUAGGCCUACGAGCGCCCGAUCUGUCAGUCAUGCCGAUGGAGGAUUAAGACCAUAUGACUCCUCCAUGAUGAAACAAGGUAGAAUGGGUCACUAUGGGUAUCUUGAAGGAAGAGAGCUUGCAGGACCUCCCCCGAAUCAAGCUCCGGCUGGGUGGAGCCCGGCAGCACAUCAGAAUCACAUAUCACCCUAUAACAGGCCAGAAAACGUAGCUCGUUCAGCGUAUUAUCCUGGUUCCCAAGCUGGUUCAGCUGCUGGUGCAGGCGGGUCCAUGGCGUGGGGGGAUGGCGGUAAUACGCCAAGAGCGAGAUAUGACGGGUCUUCCUCCGCUACAGGAUACGUUCAAGCCGAUCUUGAUACCCCUUAUCCACGAACAACGACUGGCGGAGCUUCAUCAGCUUUCACGCGAUACGGUCCUGAUGGGUCAGUAGCGAACGGAAUUGACGGUAGGAUGGGCAUCAACCAUCGUAGAUUAAGAGAGGGCAAGGUUUGA